ACCCCGGCACCGACCCCUCUCCCCGCGCCCCCGGCCCGGCCUCAGCCAGCCCCGGAUCCGCUGCCCCGGCCCAGCCCCGCCAUGAGAGCCCCGGCGCCGCUUGCGCUGGGUUGCAUCAGCUUGGUGCUGUGUCUGCUGGAGCUGCCCGGCUGCCGGCCCCUGCCCGCGGGGCGCUCGCCCAAGCACAGGGAGCCCCCGGACCGGAGACCCUCCCCGGCCUCGCUGCAGGUGCCCCGGCAGCGCCCGUCACCGUUCCCACUCCACGGGGACCACCCGGGGCUGCAGCCCCCGGCUCCACUGCAGCCUGCGGGUGGCCCCCGGCGCAGACAGCUCGGCCCCCGGCACGGCCCGAGGCUCACCCCCCGGCACGGCCCGAAGCUCACCCCCCGGCACGGGGCCCCCCGGCACCCCGGUCCGCGGCGGGGCCGUCGGCACGCCGGGGGCCGCCUGCACCACGCGCAGCUGCUGCGGGUGGGCUGCGUGCUGGGCACCUGCCAGGUGCAGAACCUCAGCCACCGCCUGUGGCAGCUGAGGGGACAGUUGGGCCGCCAGGACUCGUCCCCCAUGAACCCCAACAGCCCCCACAGCUACGGCUGAGGGCGGACAGCCCCCGCCAGACCGCCCGGGCCUGCGUAGGAGCUCCCACUAAAACGCUUCCAGAGGC